AUUGACAUUAUAAUUUUAACAGUUUGCUAAAUUUUGCAUUUAUAUAUCAAAGUGAAGGAAAAUAUUUAAAACUCCAAAAGCAGUCUUUCGACUUAAGACCUUUGCACUUUGAUAUUAAUUAAAGCUAGAGAAAAGAAAAGACGUUUAAAAAUAAAGGAAAAUUUUAUAAAGAGUCAAGCAUGUCUCUGUCUAAGCCACUGUAUUCUUUACUCGGUGUUUAUUUUGAACAGUUAUUUAGUCAUCCUAUUCGCACCAAAUCUGUCACUAAUUUUAUUUUGGCUGCAUCGGCUAAUUAUGCAUCCCAACGCAUUGAUGGACAAAAAGUGAUUAACCAACAAAGUGUAGUCGCUUAUGCUUCAUUUGGUCUACUAUUUGGUGGCAGUAUUCCCCAUUACUUCUACCAAGCAAUAGAACGGCUGUUUCGCCACGAUUUCAAAUAUAGAAAAUUUUUUCAAUUCAUAUCUGAACGUUUGGUUUAUACCCCGAUUUACCAAGCGUUGUGUUUAUAUAUUCUAUCAUUAUUUGAGUCAAAUUCCCACGACAUAGCUUUGAAAACUGCGGAAAAGCUUUAUUGGCCUCUAUUAAAGGCUAACUGGCAAUAUGUCACAUUUUUUGUUUGGGUUAACUUGUAUUACGUACCGCCCAUGUUGCGGGAAUUUUUCACAAGCAUUGUAGCAUUUAUAUGGAUGACCUACAUAGCUCGUAAGCGUCGUCGUUUCCAAGAAAAGCAGGCGCUGAAUUCUGACUCCAAGCCUAAUUGAUUGUUUUUAAAACACAAACCAAAUUUAUUGCUUUUACUUUGAAUUUUUGAUUUGGGAAUGGCUACAUCGGGGUUUUUUUUAGGUUCACAU